GAACAGCGGUGGUGUACUUUGUUUGGACUCAAGUGCUACAGUAGUGGGGCGAAAUGGAGGGAGAGAAGUCGAUGCAACGUGCGGGAGACGCCGAUUAGAAAUUAUCUAAAUCUGGAUAGCUGGGUAGAUUUGCCGGUGGCGUCGCAUGGGCCAUGUGAUCUGCAAAAGCUUGUUAACUUACACAUUGCAUCUGAAAAUGACUUCUCCUUAUUUUAUCCAGAAGAGCUGUGCUGUUACUUUGGCCGGUACCAGGGCUAAAUCGAUCAAAACGAGAGGUGUGACCCUAUCUGGUUUAAAGACCCGCGUGGCGAAGCAACAGAAUUUGACAGAGUCGACUGUGCACGUGAAGGAGGAGAAUGAGGACCUCGGGAUUUCCGAAUUUGAGAGGAACAGUCAGGACUCUGCUUCUCCAGUUCAGCCUAUAGUCCGUCCCAGGAGACAGUGUCAGCGCGAGGUGCCCCCGACCAUCGAAACAAAGACCGAGGGUGGGGAGCAGAAGCCCCCCCGCGCCCCGCGCCGGAGAGCGCACCUGAAGGCGGAGUACGAGGAGGCGGGGCUAAAGACAGAGCGCUGGGAGCCUCCUGAUUGGAGGAGGCAGCUGGACCAUAUCCGCGAGAUGAGGAAGGCCAGGGACGCCCCGGUGGACCACUUGGGGGCGGCAAAGUGCUUCGAUCCCCACGCUCCUCCUGAGGUGAUGCGGUACCAGGUCUUGGUAUCUCUCAUGCUCUCCAGUCAGACCAAAGAUCAGAUCACCGCGGCCUGGAACUCACAUGGACUCACAGUCAGAGCUCCCAUAGAGGACAUGGACUCACGUUCGGCUCUGAAGCCUGUGCGGUUCCAGACCAAAGUGAAAUACAUCAAGCAGACCACAGCCGUCCUGCAGAGGGAGUACGGGGGUGACAUCCCGGACAGCGUGGCCGGGCUGGUCAGUCUUCCUGGGGUGGGACCCAAGAUGGCUCACCUGGCCAUGAGCAUCGCCUGGAAGCAGGUGUCUGGAAUCGGGGUGGACACACACGUGCACCGUAUUGCAAACAGGUUGGGCUGGACGAGGACCAAAACCAAGAAUCCGGAGGAAACUCGUCGGGCUUUGGAGGAGUGGUUGCCAAGGGAUCUGUGGAGCGAGAUCAACUGGCUGCUGGUGGGUUUCGGCCAGCAGCUGUGCCUCCCCACGGGUCCCAUGUGCUCCCUCUGCCUGGCACAGCACCGCUGCCCCUCAGCCCACCGUGUGUCCCCGGCCAAGAGGCCCAAAGCGGGGUCCCCUCGCUCCCCCAAAUCCCUCAGCCACCACAGCGCAAGCUCUCCGCAGCCUCCCAACGCCCUGGGCUCUCUCAGCCCGCCCACACCGUCGCGCGGCGUCAAGGAGGAGCCGCCCCCGUCCCCCACCACUGACACCCCGAGAAAGAGGACCAGAGGCGCUACCCGAAAACACCUCGAGGAGAACCGCACCAGCAAGCCGGCUCAGAGUUGACCCCUUCCACACUCCAGGUUAUACAGCGUGGCCUGCAGUGCUGCUCCUCUUCAGUUCACAGUUCAUAGUUCACUGGACUCCGUUCAGUUAAUAGUUCAAAGGUCACAGUUCAUAGUUUAGUGUGGAGAGUCAAGAAAGGGUCACAGACAGUGGCCAAAUAUCGCUGUGUCCUUUCAAAACUUCAGGAUGAAGUACAUUUUUCUUUCUUUUUAUUUUUUACAGCAAUCAUAAUACUCCAUGAUACAUCAUAAAUCAUAAUACAUCUUCUGGCUUUAUUGUGCCAGCUUUGUUUUUCCAAUCACAUUGAGAAAGGCCUGUUUUCAGUGUUAACCAAUCACCUUGUGCCUUUACUGGUACAUCCUGCCAGUCACAUUCACGUCACGUCAAUGGCCUUGAGGUGAAUAGUCUCAGAAAUGACUGUACCCACCGGAAAGUCCAGCUUCAAAGUAGCCAAAGCUAUUUCAUCAGUUAACGAAUCUAUGAAAAUAUUACCGUAAACCCUGUGUGGAUGAAUAAAAUAAUGUUCUGUAUGCGUACUGUUAGAUUUAAAACAAAACACUAAGACUGAACUGUACUUUAUUGACAUAUGGGGGGGGGCGGAAUGUCCAAAACUCAAUUCAUCAUUGUAAAAUAAGCCGUUUUAUAAUAAAAUCAAAAAUGUUAUAGUAAA